AUGGAUAGAGAGAAACUGAACAGAAAAUUGUGUUCCGGUAGUCAAGACAAAUGGAAAUGGUCUACAUGUUUAUCCGAGAUACAUGUAAAAUGAUUUCAGGGCAUCACAAAGACUGAACUUCAAUCAUUCUUUUAUUUUUAUUUUUUUACUGCAGUUGGCCAUUUCUUCAUUUUAAAUUGGAUUUCAUAAUUCCACGCUGGUCCUCGUUGCACAUAAACUGCUGCCUGCUGGUUCCGAUCGGAUUUCACUCGCAGGGCCCCUGUUUUGUCUGUUGCUCGUGAAAUAAAAGAGCCGCUUUGGAGUUUUGAAGCAUCAUUUUUUAAAUUUGGGACUCGGACAGGUUGCGCGGUGGCACACGCUUUCUUGCCAGGUCUGCAGAUUUCUACGACAAACCGGCUAUUUACCGAUUUGGCAGGAUUUUAUUCAGUCACUUGGAUAUUUUUCUCACCGUUUUGCUUAUACAUACAUAUUUGCAUAUUUUGGAGCAUUUUUAAAAGGAAAUGAAUCUGAGUUCGUAUGUCGUAAUCUGUCGUCAUUUACUAUAAAGAGCAGUGCUUGUCGUGGCAUUCGUUUGGAUUAGGAUACACCUAGUAUUAACCCUGCAGUUGCUCACGUUUUGUGUCGUCACCAAUGAAAUUUAAAUCUGAACUAGAUGGUUGCCCAGUUGUAUAGCUUUUGACUUCGUUCCACCUGUAGCUUCUUUUCUCAGUUGUGGUAUUGACUGGGAAUUAAAAAUAUUUUUUUACAGAGGAAACUUUGCUUUUGAUGUUUCGCCAAGAAGUCAAUGUAUUAGCUUUCAUCCCGUCUUGUUCGUACCUUUUCCAAUACGAUAAGCGGAACAUGUCGAGGUAUAACAUAUACAGCCUCCUGGACUGGAUUUACGGUGGGGUGGACCCGAAAUUUGAGGGCAACGGGGGCCCCGAAUGCGCGGCGUUUCUCUCCCCGAAACAGCGCCUGGGAGAGAGCUUGGUAAUUAUUCUGGUGUCCAUUAUAGAAAUUACUGUGGCUCUAAGGAAAAUCAGCCUUUCGAAAGAACUGAAGGAGAUCGCAAAGAGAGGCGAGAAGAUGAAGGAGGACAGUUGGGGCAAGAACCUGUUGCUCGUAGCUCUGUGUCUGACUUUCGGAGUGGAGGUCGGGUUCAAGUUUGCGACCAAGACGGUCAUCUAUCUCCUCAACCCCUGUCAUGUUGUCACUGUGAUACAGAUCUUCCUCCUCGCUUGUCCACCGUGUAAAACUGCAAUGAUCAUUUUCAGGCUGCAGGUUCACAUGCUGAAUGGGGCCCUGUUGGCGUUGCUCUUCCCUGUUGUCAACACCCGGCUGCUCCCCUUUGAAAUGGAGGUCUACUAUAUCCAGCACAUCAUACUUUAUAUGGUUCCCAUCUACCUGUUUAGAAAAGGAGGUGUCUACACGCCAGAGCCUUUGGGGGAUUUCUGGUGGGCUCUUCUCUCCACUGGCAUCCUGUUCUUCUAUCAUUUCACCUUUCUUCAGGCACUGGGACUGGUCACAGAGGUGAAUCUCAACAACAUGCUGUGCCCAGCGGUGUCGGAUCCUUUCUAUGGGCCCUGGUACCGUGUGUGGGCAACCGGCCACCAGACCCUGCUGACGAUGGCGCACGGCAAACUGCUCACUCUUCUGUUCUACACUGCUGUCCCCACCUGCAAGUACAUCCUGGACUUGGCCCGACUGCGAACAAAGAAAGUUGACUGAGCGAUCAGCUGCAAACAGGAAAACAAAAAACCACCAUUUAACCGUCGAUCUCUGUUUAUUUAUUUGAAUUCUACCAUACUACUUUAGUUCUUAUUUAUUUCUAAUUUAUUUCAGGAUCAAUAAAGUUAAUGCGUAAAUGCCUGUAGUGUUGUAGUGGACAAACACAGGUGUGACACUUGAAGAUGUACUUGUUUUACGUGGGGUUUGUAGGAAUGGUGGGUGGUGCAAUAGUAAGGCAGGUAUUUUUAAUCCAAUAGAAAAAGGGAUUAAAUAGGAACCGACUGUGCAGUUUUUGUUUCCUUUAGUGAAUUUCAUUGAAGACAAAAGAAAUGGCUCCUCACAUCUCAGGAAGCCUAUGAUUUAUUAGUUUCUUGUACCAGGCAAUGAAAAGGGGGCCAACCUAGCUUUUAGGCGAUAUAUAUAUACUUGCAUUUUUGUUACUGUAAAUAAUGCUCUUUGUCCAGCUUGUCUAUUGGAGUUAUUUAAAAAAAAUGAAAGGAAGAAAAAAAGGAAAUGCUGUCAGAGCCAGUUUUUGAAAUUUGUACAAAAUGAGAUGUCUGUAACAUUUAGUGUUGACAAGAAGUUGUUUUAUAUGUACUGUAUUAGAUAAUCUUAUUUACUGAGAGAGUUUGAAGGCUUGCUGAUUUUAAUGAAUGGCCGUGAAGCAGCCUGUCUGCAGCUGAGUUUCCCUAAUAGGUCACCAAUGUCCUGACCUGGUUCUCAAUGUCACACGUAAGGUUCACAGGUCACUUCAAAUAAAACAACUGCUACAUUCCUGGAAAAGACUUAUUUUGACCAAGGAAGUGAAAAUGUUGAUUUAAUGAAGUAAUUGCAAAAGCCAAGGUGGAAGAAAGCACAUCCGGUUAUUUCUACUACUGUCUUUGAAAGGAAAUGGAUGUAAAAAAGGAGAAGUGACUGAUUCCACUGCCAUUGAGCUGUUAUUUCAGCCCAUUGAAAGCUGCAUUUACUUGAGUGUUCAACCAGACCAAAAUCCCACGUUAAAAGUGUCAAAGGUCAAACUCAGGGCUCUCCAAUUUUCUUUUUAAUACAUUGUGAACAUAAUACCUGUUCUCCAUUUGGUAUUUUUAAAACAAAUCUUUUGAAAAGGGUAAGAGAUUUUGCUAGUGGAACAGUAUAUACAGCUUGUUUACAAAAAAAAAAAUUGAGAUGGCAUUUUGUUUGUACAUCAAGUGAAUCUGUAUGCUGCUGUAAUGAAAUGCUAUUAAAAUGUGGUGUUUUGAUUUUUUUUCUAA